GUGAAAAGCGAACCGUACUGGUGUGUGGCAGUUUGUGAGAGCAGUUUUGCAUUUAGUUUCAUUAUUUAAACCCUUCGAACGUCCUAAACACACCCCUUAAAAAUGGCAGCAUGGGUUGGCAAAAAAUACAAGAUGGAGAAGUCCGAGGGAUUCGAUGACUACAUGAAGGCUCUCGGCGUAGGCAUGGUGCUCCGCAAGCUGGGAAACAGCAUCUCGCCAACGGUCGAACUGCUCAAGGAAGGCGAUGAGUACACCUUCAACACGUUGUCUACCUUUAAGAAUACGACAAUCAAGUUCAAGCUGGGUGAAGAAUUCGAAGAGGAAACCGUCGACGGCCGCAAGGUUAAGUCCGUGUGCACCUUCGACGGCGAUAACAAGCUUGUCCACGAGCAGAAGGGCGAGAAACCGACUACCAUCGUUCGUGAAUUCACUGCCACCGAUUUGACUGCCACCAUGACCGCCGGAUCCGCGAAAUGCAUCCGAUACUACAAAGCUGUCUAAACAACAACAACACUUGCAUCAAUCGUCUCUUCCUUUCUUCGCAUCAACACGUGAUGUGUCCAGUUCUCUGAGACUUCGUCGCACCAUAUCUAGACAUCACAAAAACAAGCAUUCAACCUGUGCAACCCUAGUCAUCAUAGAUACUCUUUGCAUGGACUACGAAAACCAAUAUCUUCCGAUAGAGGAACCAUCAGCUUGACGCACAUACUAAAUUGCAACUAGACACAAAUCUAAAUGCAUACUGUUUGAACAAGUGCUACAUGUAUUUCAUGGUUUAUUACGCCAUAUACAGAACACUAUCCAUUUGAUUGUUUCAAUUUUUUUUUCUAUAAACCCAUUUGUUAAAAUGAUUUAAAAUAUCUAUUUUGGGAUAUUAUUUUAGAAUUAGUUAAACAUGAAGCAUAUUGUAAGAGUAAAUUAAACCCAUCUAAAAUACAUUGUUAAAUGUAAUCAUAUUUUCGUAUCGUUUCAUUUAUUCUAAUUUUCUCCUUUUGAGUUGUUUCCCCCAAUUACCUUUACCGCAGCGGCAGUUCGAACUAUUACUGACUCGUGAACUGUCGACGAUAGCAAACAACCUUAGGGAACACGAAAGGCUCAUUCCUGCCAAGAAAAACUAUACGGACAGUGGUGAUGAAAGACAAAAUAAAUAUACGUUCA